GCGGACGCGGAUUUAAAACGCUCCGGCCGCUUUUGGGCUUUACUGUUUCGGCGAUUACUGCGCGUUCAACAACACGCACUCCCACACGGCAUAAAUUAGUGAUUUGUGAUUGCAGUGUACAAUAAUUGAAGUCAUCAAGUGAGUGCAUACAUAUUCACAUCAAUUAAAGGUGUUGGUAAACUAACUGGUGUUGGUAUUUAAUUAGAAAUUGUAUUUAGGCUUUAAAAAUGGGAGAAAAACGCAGUGGAGAUAUAAGUAAAGAUUUAGACAAUCUAAAACUAACUAAUGAAAUGGACGCGCCUGCGUUUAAGGAUUUCGCAAAGGAGAUGAUUGAUUAUGUUACGAAUUAUUUGGAAAACAUCAGAGACAGACGGGUUUUACCAACAGUCGAACCGGGUUAUUUACGUCCGAUGCUUCCAGCAUCAGCACCACAACAACCUGACCAAUGGCAAGACGUGAUGGCCGACAUUGAGCGUGUUAUCAUGCCGGGCGUGACUCAUUGGCAUUCGCCGAGAUUCCACGCGUACUUCCCCACUGCUAAUUCGUAUCCAGCGAUUGUCGCUGAUAUUUUGAGCGAUUCGAUUGCUUGUAUUGGGUUUUCUUGGAUUGCUAGCCCAGCAUGCACUGAACUUGAAGUGAUCGUGCUCGAUUGGCUGGGUAAGAUGUUGGAUCUCCCGCAGGAUUUUCUUGCUUCUUCAGGGGGUAAAGGUGGCGGCGUGAUUCAAGGCACCGCUAGUGAAGCCACUUUGGUUGCUCUGCUCGGGGCUAAAGCACGUACGGUUGCCAGGAUCAAGAAGGAGCAUCCAGAAAUGAAAGAAUCUGAUAUUAUUGGGAAACUUGUGGGAUAUUGUUCUAGUCAAAGUCAUUCUUCGGUCGAGCGAGCCGGUCUCUUAGGCGGUGUACGAAUGCGUUCGCUGUUACCUGACGCCGGCAACAAGUUGCAAGGUGCCACGCUUGAACAAGCGAUCAAAGAGGACAUCGCUGCUGGAUUGUUUCCAUUUUACGCUGUUUGUACAUUGGGAACUACAUCUUCUUGCACAUUUGACAAUCUGGAAGAUUUGGGCCCCGUUUGCAACGCGAAUAAUAUCUGGCUGCAUGUUGAUGCUGCCUACGCUGGGUCUGCAUUCAUCUGCCCGGAAUAUCGCUACCUCAUGAAGGGUAUUGAUCGCGCUGACUCAUUCAACUUCAACCCGCACAAAUGGAUGCUGGUUAACUUUGAUUGUUCCGCGAUGUGGUUGAAGGACCCCACAUGGCUUGUGAAUGCUUUCAAUGUUGAUCCAUUGUAUUUGAAGCAUGACCAGCAGGGUUCAGCGCCUGAUUACCGUCAUUGGCAGAUCCCAUUAGGUCGUCGUUUCCGGUCCCUGAAAUUAUGGUUUGUCUUGCGUUUAUAUGGUAUUGAAAACUUACAGAAACACAUCCGGAAACAUAUCAUGCUUGCAAAACACUUCGAGUCUUUGGUUAGGAGUGAUGAUAGGUUUGAGAUUACUCAAGAGGUCCUCAUGGGAUUGGUUUGUUUCCGUGCUAAGGGUUCAAAUGAAAGCAACGAAUCUCUGUUGAAAAAGAUCAAUGGACGUGGUGUUAUCCACAUGGUACCUUCAAAGAUUGGAGAUUGUUAUUUUCUAAGAAUGGCUGUUUGCUCAAAGUACACUGAAAUCGAAGACAUUGAAUUAUCCUGGAAGGAAGUGAAAGCUGCAGCAGAUGAAGAAUUCACCACCAAUGGUCAUUGAAUACCACAUAACCUAAAACUACGAAAUAUGAGAGAUGUAAAGGACCAAACUGGACCAAUCUAUGUUAUAGUUGUUAUAAAAAGUAUUUAUUGUUGUGUAAGUUGUAAGUGUAAAUGUAAUCAUUAGAAAAUGCAUAACAAAAA